AUGGCCGCUGCUCGAGCUAGCUUCCUCCUGCCUGUGCAAAUUUCAUAUGUCUGCAUCUUCACCUCUCUCCCUGCUCUUCCCUUCCUGCCGUUCUGCCCCGUCCCCCCAUUCCCAGGUAUUCCCCCUGCCCUGACCCCCCAGGCCAUCACCCCUCCAGCCGGCAUCCUCCUGCUUGCCUACGCCAUGGCUCGCGCCCGCUCCUCCCUGCAGCAAUCCCUUGCUACCACACACUCUCUCCCCCACCACCCCUUCCCAUGGCCGCUGCUCGAGCUAGCUGCCUCCUGCCCGCCUCCCAUGGCUGCUGCUCUUCAGUUAAAGCCGCACCCAGACAGUCUCCUCCUGCCUCCCUCCAAGGGCCCUCCCUGGCCGUAUCUCUGCUUGGCGUACCCGUCUGCCUUAGCAACAGAGGCCAACACCUACUUCAUCCUCACUGCAUUCUUCACCAUUCUAACCCAUAUGCACCCAUCUGCUGUCUCCCUCUGCUUCCUCCUCCUCCUCAUCAUCUGGGUCUGGCUCUUUCUUUGGCCAUCCUCCUCCCGAACCUCCUCCCGCACCUCCUCCCAAACCUCUUCCCAGCUCUCCCACCAGACCUCCUCCCAUGCUGGAAGAUCCUCCUCUGCGUUGCACUCCUCCUCCCAAACCUCCCGCCUGCUCAUCCUACACUGUCCCACCGCCCUCCCCUGCGCGGCGUUUUUCGCUGCUCUGUAUCCUGUCAGCGCGAUAGGAUUUGGGUUUCUGCUGCUGGCGGUGCUGGGGUGUGUGAGGCUGAGGGCUGUGAGGGGCACGGCGCCGAGAUGGAUGUUCUUAUAUGGAGGGGCGGCGCUGGUGGUGGAGUUUGGGUUCCAGGUGGUGGUGGCACAGUGGGGGCUGGCGGCAUGGGUGGACCAGCACAGCGCGAUUCUGCAGGUGGUGGUGGCGCAGUGGGGGCUGGCGGCCUGGGUGGAGCAGCACAGUGCUAUUCUGCUGGUGGAUGGUUGGGUCGCAAGGAUUGUGGGGUAUACGUGGCUGGGCCUUGUCUUAUAUGAAGACACCGCUAUUAGCACUGUAGCAGGGGGGCGAAUGUGGGCUUUAACAUCCGGGUGUACUGCCAAAUCGGUGCUCCUAGCUGCUUGCCUGCUCCACCAUGCCUCCUGCCACUGGCUCGCCGAGCUUCCUCCGGAGCUUCGGGCCGACCUUAAGGGCGAGCUGUGCAUGCUGUUUGUGCCUGCCGAAGCUGUGGCUGCGGCUCGGCAUGCUGCUUCGGUGCAUGCAGAGGAAAUGACGGUGAGAGGGGGAGAGGAGGGAGGAUUAGGGAGGGGAGUGGGAGGGGGAGGAGGAGAGGUGGGAGGAGGAGGAGGAGGAGGAGGAGGAGGAGGAGGAGGAGGAGGAGGAGGAGGAGGAGGAGGAGGAGGAGGAGGAGGAGGAGGAGGAGGAGGAGGAGGAAGGGGAGGAGGGGGAGGAGGAGACAGCUCAGUGAAGGACGCACAGAAGGAUUUUACCCCUCCUCAAAGCCAGAUUGGGAGAGGCGAGGGAGGAGGUGGAGGAGGAGGGGGGUCAAACUUAAAGCGAGCAUACAAGCUGAUAAGUUUCCGGUCGUGGAGUGUAGGGGACUUGGAGAAACGAGCACGAGGUGCUGCUGAUGCCUCCUCCUCUUCCUCGAUCUCCUCCUCCGUUUUCUCUCUCGGAGGGUCAUGGAGGCGAGGGGAGAAGGCAGUGAGUGGUGCUUUGCUGGAACGGCAGGAGGAGGAGGCUCACGUUCAGGCAUGUAGCGUGGAAGAGAGGGAAGAGGAGGGUGAGGGUGAGGGGGAGGGGGAGGGGAAGAGUGGGAAGCGGAAGACAGAGGAAGGGAAAAAUGGCAGGGGCACAGGGGGGAUUGAUAAGAUUGGAUCUGCACACGAUGAUAUGAUUGCAGAUGGGUUCUUUGAUGGAUAUGAUGAUUAUUUUGAUGAGGAGGAUGAAUAUGAUGAGGAGGAUGAGGAGGAGGACCAAUCAGAGGAGGCGCGGCGGUACCGGCAGCAGCUGCGGUCGAUGUGGGCAGCGGUGCAAAACACAGUGGCACACUUCUUUUCACUCUACGGAUUUCAUAUGGUGGUUCUCUUCCUGCUGGUCGCCAGUUUCGCAGUCAAGAACAUUGUCUCGCUGCUCUACACAUCCAUCGUCGGCCUCUGCAUCGCUCUCCCUCCCCGCCUCGUCCGUCUGCUCUGGCCGCUCCUUACAGUCACCUUCGCUGCAAUCACCCUCUGGCAGUACUACAUGCUCGCCGGCCCCCCUCCCUUCCACCACCCCCCGCUUGCACCCCCUCCCUCACACACCCCUCCUGCAUCCCCUACCUUUCACUACCGGACUGGUCCCCCACCUCCUUUUCAUUACCCUUCCGGACUCUCUCCCUCGCACACACCUGGAUCGCUACUGAAUCCACAGUCGCCUCAAGACAGGCAGCGUUUUCUUCUGAGCGUGUUCCUCCCACCUCACCCUCAUCCUAGCUCGCUCUCGCUCUCCUUCCCUCCGCAAACGCACCCAAGCUCUCCCUUAAACCCGCCUGCCUAUUUCCCUAACGGGCUCAGCGAAAACUCUCUUUGGCAUUCAGCGGAGGUUAGCAACGUGAGCGGAGGAGGGCUAUUCAGCAACAUCAACAGGCGGCCGCACCCACCCAAGACGCACAGCCGCAACUGCCAGGACUGCUGGCGCAGCACAGAUUCCAAGGACCCCACCUGCUGGGACUGCUGGCUCGAAGGGCCCUCACCCAGCUGGACCUUUCUGGACCACUGGCGAUUCCUCUACUACAAAUACCUCCUUUGGAUCGUCCUCAUACUAGUCUUUGCCACAGGAACCCUCCAAUACGACCUCCUACACUGCGGCUACCUUGCCCUCUCCUUACUCAGCACGCGAAAACACGCGGCGAUUCUCCGAGGGCAGACCACUGUCCUGAACUACCUCCGAGCAUACAACUUCCUGCUGAUCACCGCUUCCCUGGUCUACCAGUGCCCGUAUUUCCCGUACCUGCCCGCGCUGUCAUGCAACCCGUUUAGUAUUGUCGGGCUGUAUAAGUAUGACUACGGGCUGAGGAUGGACACGAGGAGUGCGGUGGUGGAUCUGACCAUGUUUGUGCUCAUCACCCUCUUGGCUCACAGCCUUAAGUCGGAGCUCUUCCAGCAAGUGCUGCUCUUCACCACCAAGCAGGAGGUGAGUCAACCAACCUGCGUGGGUGGACUAUACAUGGGUAGGCGCGUAGGUGCACCAGGGGAGUGCAGUGCGUGUUAG